UCACUUCUCACCGAAAACAACUCCAUUUAAGGCCAGUAUUGAAGAGGAAUUGUUCACACAACAGAGAAAAAAAACAUACACUUUUAGAAGAAGUGCCAGGCACAUUUUGCAUUUAAAAUAAGCCUUUCUGCAUCUUUGAAAUAUGCACAACCAUGAGUAAGGGGAAUUUCUCCAACGCUAUAAAAGAGAUGUCAGCUAUCCACCAAACCACAGAUUUACAGCACCUACUGUACUGUAGUUCUCACACUGCAAGAAGAUGAAGUGCACCACCGCCUUUCUGGUGUUGUCCAUGGUGGUCCUCAUGGCUGAACCUGGGGACGCUUUCUUUGGCCACCUUUACCGGGGAAUUGUUAGCGUUGGCAAGCACAUCCAUGGACUCCUAAGCGGGAAAAACCCUGCAGCGAUGAGGGACCAGGACGCGAUGACGGACCAGGACGCGAUGAGGGACCAGGACGCGAUGAGGGACCAGGACGCGAUGAGGACAGGACGAUGACGGACAAGAGCGAUGGACCAACGAGCGUUUGAACGAGAGCGAGCGUUUGCCUGAGUCUACAAUGAUGGACUACGCUGAAAACGUUGAGCAUUAAAUUCUUUUUCUCCUUAAAUAAAGCAAAUAAAAUGGACUCAUUGUGCUAACCAUUGCUUGAAAGUAGAAUGUCAUUAUUGAUUUAAACGUCAUUUGGAAUAAAUCUUCUUUGUUAUACAGCAAA